GCCGACUCUAAGCGAAUUGUGAGCCAAAAAGUUGAAGCCAAGCGAUCACAGCUGAUCACACCCUACGCGCAGAGCAAAUGUCAUGAGGGAAGUGUUGGAGGUUCUCAAGGACUCGACCAUUGCGUCGAAGACUGGAAAGGAUGAACGGUCUCAUUUCUGGAGGGUGUACAAAAGAGUCGCUGAGGAACAUGACAGUGAGUUCCUCGAGCAAUACACCAGCAACAUGAACAUCGUCCUGAUCUUCAUAAACCAGUCUGGUCUUUUCUCUGCUGUCGGCACAUCUUUCAUUGUAGCGAUGGAGUCCGAUUUCAGUCCCGACCCUAGUGACACUACGAAUGCCCUUUUGAAGCAACUCGUGUUGAUCGGACUCAGCAAUCUCGCCGAGGCAGGCUCCACUCCCGUAGACCCAGCAUCUGGGUGGUCUCCGACCGCGUCGACCUUAUGGGUCCAAACGAUCGCAUAUGCGAGUUUGUCCAUGAGCUUGCUCGCUGCAUUCGGGGCCGUGCUGGGAAUGCAGUGG